CGGCGGCGUCCCUGAGCCACCUCUCUCCUGUUACUCGUCUUUUCCCAGUCAGCAGACUUAUUUAACGACAAACUAGUUUUGUCCGUCUGAAAAUAGCAGCCGAGAACAAGCGUUGCUUCAGGGUCAUCAUGUCCCGGCUGGCAGUGGUGUGUGGGGGCUCCAGGGGCAUCGGGAAGGCUGUGUCCCGCCUGCUGGCAGAGAGGGGCUGCAGGUUGGCUGUUGUCUCCAGGAAUGAAGAUGCUGCCUGCGCCACUGUGGCAUCCCUACAUGGAGCUGACCACGUGGCCUUCAGCUGUGAUGUCUCCAAGGAGCAGGAGGUGCAGAAAACCUUUGAGACGAUCCAGAAGACCUGUGGAAACAUCUCUUAUCUUGUGAAUGCAGCUGGCAUCAACAGGGACGCUCUGUUACUGAGGACCAAGCCGGAGGACAUGGUGUCUGUGCUUCACACCAACCUGCUGGGCACCAUGCUGAGCUGCAGGGCUGCACUGCGCGGCAUGCUGCACACCCCGGGAGCUUCUAUUGUUAACAUAGGCUCUGUUGUGGGCCUGAAAGGGAACGUUGGCCAGAGUGUUUACAGCGCCAGUAAAGCCGGUCUGAAGGGCUUCACACGCUCUCUGGCUAAAGAGGUCGCUUCACGCAAUGUCAGAGUCAACCUGCUGGCUCCUGGUUUCAUCCGCACUGACAUGACCGCAGGGCUGAAGGAGGAGGACGGGGUGCGCUCCAUCCCACUGGGGAGAUUUGGCGAGCCGGAGGAGGUAGCUCAGGCUGUCCUCUUUCUGUUGGAGUCUCCCUACAUUACAGGACAGGUGCUGGUGGUGGAUGGAGGACUGCAGCUGGCUAUGUAGGGAAUCUGUGGAUCUGAAUUCUCUGUAUGUGUCUCAAAAACAAGGACAGUGAGGCAGAUGAAGGUCUCAGUAAUUUUUACUUUAAAACUGUAAGUCUUGUUUCAAGAAUAAGAGGGGGGAGGGCUCUGUGUUACUGAUAACUGAGGAACAGCUGACACAUGAAACGUGGACAUUCAAACUUUUCUUGCUGCGAAACACAAGAUUAAACAAAAUCUUGGCACAACUUGUAAAAACGCAGUAAGUUGUUGACAUAGGAGACAGAAAACCACAUCUGUCGGAGGAUUACUGUCCUGCUGCUCCGUCUUUCUGCUGAGUCACUCCGUCCAGCCACAGUAGGCGUGGCCUGAUGUGUGUGUGUGACACUCGGUCAUGACUAACACUGCUGACUCCAGAGUGUCUGGCCCAGUCCAGACCUCCGUGCCCUGAGGUCCUAAAUUUGAUCAGUGGAUUGAACGCUGUUGGUCUUUUUCCAUGACUGAAAAGCGCCCGCCACUGAUCGUAGCGCUCGUGUUUUGUUUCCCCGACGCCCCCGGGAGACCCCCUCACAGCCAGCACAUGUCCCCCCCUCACCCCCCACCCCCACCAGCGGCCCCCUGAGCUCACCUCUGGAGGGGCCUGUAGAGGGGCCAGCAUGUUGGGCUGCAGCUGGAGGAAAUUAGAGGUAGUGGUGGAGGUGGGGGGUAUUUUUAGCUCUGGGAAUGUUUUGAGUGUCUGGUUACAGCUCUGGACCAGGAGUGUGGACGGAUGGGGUUGGAGGUGACUGUCAUGCUCGGUGAUGAGAUUUGAAAUGCUGCGUCGGUUGCUCCAUUCACUGAAGCAUGCUGUUACCAAAUGAGCACCUUCGAUUAUGAUCUCUCUUUAAUCUGUAAAUGUGCUAAACACUGUAUUUUCUAUUAAAGGGAUAGUUUUGAUUUUUCUUUAAAGUGGGGUUGUGAAGUGCUUAUCCAUAGUCAGUGUAUUACCUACAGUAGAUGGCGAUUGG